ACCGUAUCGUAAUAGCGAUCACCUGACACCAAGGCAAGAUGGGCGACUCAAUUCUGACACGGAAGCGAGACUUGAUCUACUUGAUCUUCUUCCUAACGCAUCUACCAGUGAUGCUAGCAUUCGACCUAACAGCCUACUACCCCAUCAACAUCAAACCCCUCUGGAUGAACGAUCUCCGCACCUUUUAUGUCUCCACCUACGGCGAUCGCUUCUUCUACAACCCAGCCCCCUGGUUCGGCGUCCUCACUUUCCUCGAGCUUGUGUAUCACCUGCCCCUCACGCUCUGGGCCAUCCCCGCCUUGUUGCGCAACGAUCCUCGCAUUCCCCUUGCGCUCCUAGUGUUUGGUAUGGAGACGAGCAUCACGACGCUGGUCUGCCUGGCGGAGAUGUGGAGCUGGGAGGAGUUGAGGCCGGAGCAGAGAGGGGUGGCGGGGUUGGGAGGUAUGUAUGGGGGGUAUUUGGCGCUGAGUGUGUUUAUGACGCUGGACUGUUAUGCCAGAUUGGAUCAGUGGAUCGCGAAGCAGAAGGGACUGGUGCCUGAUACGAAGAAGAAGCUUUGAGGGCGCCAAGCGGGGUAUGCGGC